GGUCAGCAAAGAGAGAGAGAGUUUGGUGUAUCCGUUUAUAUCCCAUCACUACUCUCACGCUCUUCGUAUUCUCCGUCCUUCCCUACUAUUUUAACCCCUUCUCUUCUUCCUCCUCAAUAUCUCUCUCUCCUUUUCUCUCUCCUCUCCUCUCCUCUGCUCUUCACUCUCCUUCUCUCUCCUCUCUUUCUCUCUCUAAUCUUCUUCAAUGGCUUCCCUCACUAGUUCUUCCGUCUCCUUCAAGUGCGCCGUUCUUCCUUCUUCGUUUAACUCCAAGAACCAUGGCCUGAAGUCAUCAGUGUCAUUCUGGAGGGCAAAUCAAGUGAAGCCACGAGGCUUGAGCAUCUCAUGUGCUGCCAAGCCCGAGACACUUGAGAAAGUCAGCAGCAUUGUGAGGGAGCAGCUAGCUAUGACAAAGGAUACUAAAGUUACCGGUGAAACAAAAUUUUCAGAAAUCGGAGCUGAUUCUCUUGACACAGUGGAGAUUGUGAUGAAGCUUGAGGAGGAAUUCGGUGUAACAGUUGAAGAAGAGAAUGCGCAAACCAUCACAACCAUUCAAGAAGCAGCAGAUAUGAUCGAGAAGCUUCAGAACAAGUAGAAAAUAGGAUUUUCCUCCAUGGAUGGAAAUAUUGGGUUGUAGGGUUGAGCGUUUGAAGGUUUUCUUUGCGUUUCUCAUCUAUGUUCUUUAGAUCUAGACCUCGUGUUUGAACGUUUUGACCAGUAUAUGAAAUUGGUCACCUCGUAUGAGCAUUGUUUGUGUUACAGUUCUGCAUUAGUUGAUAUCACCCUUUAAGACAUUAAUUCAUAUUUUCUUUAUCAAUAGUAAAAUUUUGAUUGAAUUUACAA